UCAUACACAUACUGCAUGCAGCAAGCGGGCAAUUAUGUAUUUAUGACUAAAAGUUGUCUGAUUUUCUGUGCAGACUUCUUGUUUCUUAAAAUUGGGGCGGUUCCUCAUACCUGACACCGAAGCGUUGAUUUUCAAUAAAUUGUCUACUCAACAGACAAUCAUUGCAGAUCAAGCUUCGCUGUCACCUUUAGCCAAUCAUGAUUCACUGUCUGAUAGAAAAUCGUGACGUUUUCUGCAUAUCAAUGAUUGAGAGAAUAAGAAGCACAUCACGUAAUAACUGCAAGAGUGAAGACAGGGAUUCUACAGGCCUGAAGCUGCCUUCCUUCCGAAGCCCGUAUUCAGCAGUCUGCAGAUAAAGAGAAGGAAGAUGGCAGAUAUCUUCAACUUCCCCACGUACACCCGCGCGGUUGUCCGAGAGAUCCCCAGCAGUCUGAACGAUGGACUCCGCAUGGACGGAUUUGAUGAGAUCGCCGAUGUAGACAAAGCCAGAGAAGAACAUCAAUGUUUAGUCCAGGCGCUGAAAGAUUUGGGGCUGGAGGUGACCGUCCUUCCAGCAGAGGAUUCCAUGCCGGACUGCGCCUUUGUGGAGGACGUUUGCGUCGUGCUGGGCGACAGGGCGCUGAUGACGAGGCCUGCUGACGAGUGUAGGAGGCUAGAGGUCGACAGUGUGGAGAGGUGCAUGAGGGACCUGGGGCUGGAGAUACACCGCAUCCAGGACCAAGAAGCCACUCUUGAAGGGGGUGAUGUCAUCUUCACGGGCACAGAGUUUUUCGUGGGAGAAUCAACGCAGUCAAACAAGGCUGGUCACAAAAUUCUGGCCGAGACCUUCCCAGAAUUCCCUGUGCAUUCCAUCUACGUUACUCCACCGGAAGUUCACCUGAAGGGCUUUUCCGCCAUGGCUGCGCCUGGCAUCAUCGCAUUGGUGGACUCCCAAAAUGGAAGAGACGGGUGGAAGGAGAUGUGUGCAAAAAGUGACUACAAGUACGAAGCCAUAUGGCUGUCUGAGGACUGUGCGGAGAACUGUCUCUAUGUAAACGGGACAAUCGUCCACGGUCCCGAGCGCCAGUUCCCUGAAAGCUAUAAGGUGUUCACCAAGGCUCUGGCCGACUACCCGCGAAUAGAGGUGUCCACAGAGGAGGUGUACAAACUAUCCGCUGCGCUGACCUGUCAGUGUCUCCUGUUCUAGAGGCAUCGAAAGCAGAUAGCACUGCAACAUGUAAUCUCCAAGCAGAUUCCUCCGUGGCCCAUUUCACUCCUCUGCCGGCUAAACUCCUUCCCCAGCUUAUGUUACUGUUUUAUGCCACCGGAGGAAUCUGCUUGGAGAUUAUGCAACAUGCACACGAAACACGAAGAGACUUAAGGUUCGCAUUGCACUGUAGCUAUAGAUGUCGCUGCCUGCAGAUCCGAUCCAAAACGUUAUGUCAUGUUACAAUUUUAAGACCCUAUAUCCGUACACAAAAUAAAGCGCUUAUCAACAAGCUUUCGAUCAGUCCUCUGAUCCUCAUCAAGUUGAAAUGACCCAAAGUCUAAGUGACACAUCCGAACCGGAAGUGUGACGUCAGCAAAGGGUCAAAGGUGCUUAGCAGUCGGUAUCGGCCCCCGUUAUGUAUUUUCAUUUUGUACUGUCAUGAUUUUCUUUGUGCAUACAAAGGGUAUACCAGUAAGUACCAGCGUCAUUGCAAUAUACAAUACUAAAAAUGUACA